AGUGAAUUGGAUUUCCUCAAUCAUAAGUGAACAUUAUUUAGGAACACCUGGGAUAUGUUUCUACAAUGGACGUAUUUUACCAAAGGGAAACAGUCAAAUACCGAUGGUGUGUCAAACAACAAAUUGUCGUGAAGAUGGAUCAAUUAUGGUUGACGGAUGUGGACGUAUAUCACUUCCUAAUUGUACUUUGAUUGAAAAUGCAAGACUUUUGAAGCCUUAUCCUUAUUGUUGCGAGAUGACUUAUGAAUGCGUUGAUGCCAAUGGGAAUAAGAGCACCAAGGAAUGGAAUCAGUUGGAUUCGAAUAACUCCAAUGCCGAAAAUGGAAAAAUAGUACCAGCUGAAAAUGGACAGAAACCUGACUAUCAAAUGAUUUCACCAUUUAUUUUGCAACUUUUAUUGUUUGUUUAGAAAGUUGAAUUGACUUUUACAUAUGUACUUACCUAAGCUAAAGUGAGAUUGCAUU